UGCUCCCUUUUCCUGAGAAAUGAAACCUAUAAAAUCAUCCCUCAAUUCCUCCUGAAUCAGACAGACGAACAGCACAUCGACCCUGGAAGGAUGGAGGAAGAAAUCUGUAAAUACAUCGUUACAGGUGCAGGAGGUGUAGCAACUGUGGUUCUGACUCCUGUUCUUCUGGCUUCACUUGGCUUCACCGCAACUGGAAUUGCAUCAGGCUCCAUCGCUGCAAAGAUGAUGUCCUUAUUUGCAAUCUUUUAUGGAGGAGGAAUUCUACCUGGAAGCCUGGUGGCAACCUUACAAUCUAUUGAAUCUGGAGGACUAGAAAGAACUUUCAGACCAGAAGGAAAACUGUUAUUGAAGACCGUGUUUGGUGAAAUGCAAAAUAACAACAACAAAAAUCAUUUAAAUGUAUGGGAGGAUUAGGAUGGUUUGGAACUGGAACACUGGCUGGUAUUGGAAGUACAGUAGGGUGGAUGAUAUCAAGCAUUUGUAAUGUAACUGUAAAAGUAGAAGGCAGUCCAUAGCACAGACAAGGAAUAUAUUUUUCUAUCCAGUAGAGUCAAAGUCAUGUUCUUACAUAAUAUAAUCUUUCUUAAAGACUAGGUUCUGAAAUUCAAACAUGUAUAAUCUGAGUAAGAAUGAAAGAAACACUAUUUUUUGCUGUGAACAUGUCUUGUUAAAGGUCAUUGGAAUGUGUGGAUAUUGCUGCUGGCAUUUUCUAAAUUUUGAGGGAAUGCUAUUUCUACUCAUCAUUCUGAGAGAGCGGAAUAAAAAAAAACAAACUUUGUAGGCAUGUGUAUCAGUUGUAAAACUUCAAUCUGUACUCAAUAAAUAAAUAAGUAAAUAUAUCAA